AUGGUUGGUCAGGAGGACGUGGGUCCAGUUCUGGCAAUGGGAGGUUUGGCUCUCGACCAGCUUGGAGCUAGCACUUGGGACAACAGUCGAUGGCUAGUACAGCCAGGGACUCUUCGCGGCAAUGUAAUGGAACCUGUCACAACUGUGGGAAAACAGGUCAUGUCAGGAAGGAUUGCCCACAACGUGGGCAGACUAGCGGCCCUAGCCAGAGGAGCGGAGAGACUAGGGUCCAGUAGGGGCAAGGCAGUAGAGGACAGGGUCAGACACAAAGUGGUGCUUUUUCGGCUGCAGCGGGCUCAUCAUCAAGCAGUGGAGUGCAGUCCACUGUUCGGGGAUAAGUGGUAG